AUGGCGAGAUCUCUCUCUGGCAUCCUUAGUCGGCCUUCCAAGGCGUUGCUUCUGGCAUGCCUAGCCACUCUAAGCCACGCCUCAGUACACACAUUCGAUGACUUUGGUCUCCUCCCAAGAUCCUCAGGUUCUUGUCCAGCCUCAUACGUGAGCUGCAGCAAUACGAAACUUCCAGAUGAUUUCUGCUGUCCCUCGGAUUCAACUUGCAUCAGCCUCGACGAUGCCAGCUCUGCCAUCUGCUGCCCUGCCGGGGCAAACUGCGACUACAUAACGCCAAUCCCUUGCGAUAUGCAGCUACAAAACGUCACCCUCAAUCCAGAGAGUGUCAUCAAAUCAACUCGCCUCGGCGAUAGCCUCGCCAGAUGUGGCGAACAAUGUUGCCCGUUCGGAUAUAAAUGUGAGGGCGACAGCACUUGUGCUUUGGACAAGUCCGCCGCCUCAACAGCAAACGCCUCAACAACAACGACCUCUACAACUAGCUCCUCCACUGCUCUAUCAACUUCAGCUCAAACAACGACCACAGCGCCAACAACACCCCAAGCAACCAUCACACCCGUGUCCUCGCCAACCGCCGAAAAAUCCGCCAACACCACAACUUCAUCCGACCUCUCAGGGUCCUGUCCCGAAUACCCCGCCGGAGCAAUCGCAGUAGGCUUCUUUCCAGGCGCCAUAUUCGGCGCAAUUGCAGCCCUCCUCAUAACCCUCUGUGCCCGACGCCGCGCCUAUAAACAAGAAACCCAAAUCCAAGAACCAAAGCCCCGGGUGGACUGGACCCAACGAUCCUCCUCGGGAGCCCUAGUGGGUAUAUCCAACCCAAUUCCUCAAGACGACACAUCAUACCGGACAGACUUCCUUCGAAGCCCACCGCGAGCCAAGCGGUCUUCUAUCGGUGGUCGUUCCACUCGCUCAGUGAUACACCGCACGGGCAGCAGAGUCAGAAGCUUAUUCGGGGGCAACGCACGCCCAGAUCCAAGCCUAGACAAAGAUGUUCCGCCUGUGCCUAUGCCUAAUCCAGCGGCUCCAUUUACACCGCCUCGUCAGCGCCACCCAAGCACGGAGAGUAUCAAGAUCUACUCGCCGCCUGGAGCGUUUACGCAGCCUCAUAAGGGACUAGGCCCUGGGCCGUAUCCUGGGCACAUUGCGAGACCAGACACUAGUUUCCCGGAUUUGAUCCAUGGAAUUGGGUGUCCGCAAGAUGCAAAUAAGUUACCUUAUCCUACCCAUGAGGAUUCGAGAGAGAAUCCGUUCAGGGACCCUUCCCAUUAA